AAGUAACCUUAACCUUAAUUUUACGUUUACGUUACGAAACGUUUUUGUUAUUUGUUGGUGAUUUUGUAAAAAUUUUAUUGAAAAACCGUAGAAAUGUCUUAUUUAUCAAGAAGAGAUUUAGAUGACCUGAAGCCUUCAAUAGAAAAAGUUGUAUAUAAACUUUUAGGAAGCAGUGAUUCCUCAGUGCUUAGGACAGCUACAGAUUGUGUAUCUAGUGGUUAUGACAAGAAAAAGAUAAGUGAUAAACUUGGGGUUUAUUUGGAUAGUAAAAAGGCUAAUAAGCUAGCUGAUAAAAUUGCAGAUUUAGUGGAUGAUUUCAGAAGUUCUCAUAGAUCCAAAAAAAGAGCUCAUGAAGAUGAUAGAGAAAGAGAUUCAAAGCGGUCCAAAAAUGGUUCUAGAUAUGAGAGUAAGGAGCCUGAUCGGACAAAACCGAAACCGACGGAAAAUUCUAAAAGGGAACUACCACCUCCCAGUAAAAAUAAUAUAAGCAUAGGAAACCUCAGUAUUCCUACACCUAGUAUAUAUGGUAUACCUGUGGGGCUGUUGAAUAGAGGAGAUGCUGAUAAAGCUAGGAAGAUAGCGCAGCUCCAUGCACAGAUUAAGAAUAAACUUUCCUCUGGAAUUUUGCCCAAUAUAAUUCAAAUGCCAAUAGUUCCAAAUAAACCAGCUCCCUUAAUAUUAGAUGAAGAUGGAAGAACUGUGGAUAAAUCAGGUAAAACUAUUCAACUUACUCAUGUGGCACCCACUUUGAAGGCUAACAUGAGAGCUAUGAAAAAGGAAAAUUUUAGAGGGUCUGGUCUUGAGCGUCAUAGUGAAGACAACAGUGAAACAAAAUUUAUUGACCCUAGGAUUGGUAUUAAACCAGCUACAAGAAACAAAAGGGCUUUGAGGUUCCACGAACCUGGAAAAUUUCAACAACUGGCCGAGAGAUUAAGGAUGAAGGCACAAUUGGAAAAGCUUCAAAAUGAAAUCUCCCAAAUAGCCAAAAAGACUGGAAUAUCAUCUGCUACAAAACUAGCUUUAAUAGCAAAAUCAGAAGGAAUUAGCGAAGAAAUUCCACAAAUGGAGUGGUGGGAUUCAGUGAUACUUAUAGAUAAUUUAGAUACAAUGGACGGUGAUCAAAUCGCUAUUAAGGAUUCUAUUAUUAAUACUUUGGUUGAACAUCCUACACAAAUGAGAUGUCCAACUGAUCCAAUAAAACCUGUAUAUAUGCCCGUGUUCCUUACGAAAAAAGAAAGAAAAAAGCUUCGUCGUCAAAACCGAAGAGAGAUGUGGAAAGAAGAGCAAGAGAAGAUUCGGUUAGGUUUGGAACCUCCUCCUGAGCCUAAGCUACGUAUAUCAAAUCUGAUGAGAGCUUUGGGUACUGAGGCAGUACAGGAUCCUACCAAAAUCGAAGCACAUGUUAGAGAGCAGAUGGCGAAACGACAGAAGGCUCACGAAGAUGCCAAUGCCGCUAGGAAGUUGACUAGUGAUCAGAAACGGGAUAAAAAAAUUAAGAAAAUCAAGGAAGAUACAUCUCUAGGUAUAAAUGUAUCAGUCUACAGAAUUCGUGAUUUACAAGGACUAGCAUCAAAGAAAUUUAAAGUAGAAACGAACGCCAAGCAGCUUUUUAUGACAGGAUGUGUUGUUAUGUAUCCAGAUUGUUGCGUGGUAGUUGUUGAAGGUGGACCAAAGCAACAAAAGAAGUAUAAAAGGUUGAUGUUGAACCGAAUCAAGUGGGAGGAAGAUUUAGUGAAAGACCCGGACGGUAAAGAAAUACCCAACAAGUGCAACCUAGUAUGGGAGGGUACUGCUAAACAAAGAAAUUUUGGAGAACUUAAGUUUAAAGUGUGUCCUAUGGAGAAAAUGGCAAGAGAACAUUUUAAAAAACAUAAAGUGGAACACUACUGGGAUUUAGCGUACAGCGGAGCGGUACUAGAACAAUCUAACGAUGUUAUAGAAUAGACUAUUUUUUGUAAAUACGUAAUAGAGAAGAAAUUUUAUUAUUUACUGAUUGUGUAAAGUAAUAGUAUGGAUAUCUGCAAAAAGUUGUAAUACUUAUAACAGGGGUGGCCAAAUUGUGGCUCACGAGCUCUUUGAAGGAUUAUUUGGGGCUCUCAAUAAAUGUACCUGAAUUACUGUUAAGUUUUGUGUUUCAAAAUGUCUUAAAUUACUGACAACAAAUAUAAAAGAAAGGUAAAGUUUUCAAUCCUAAUAAUAGCAACAUUAAUAAUAUUGAAAAAUAUUACUAAAAGAUUUUUAAAUUGAAAACUUGUUUUUAAAUUGAAAACUUAUUGGUCCAUUUCCCUGGUAACACCUCCAUGCUUCUAAAAUUUGCAAGCCAGAUGGAUGCUGAAGCGAAGAAGACAAGGGGGAAUACAAAAACUUACAUUUCACGACCCCGUCUGUUCAGCUGGUAAAUUCCAACGGAUAGCAAAUAUAAAAGACUAAUUAUAACAUCAGGACUUGGACAGGGAGACCCCUCAUUACCGUUAUAAGUAAAAAGUUAAUCCGUAAUAAGUAAAAUAUCAUCUGAGUUGACAGGGGGAUUGUGAAUCAAGGAUCAAAACUAUUGUUGGCCUUUGGUGAUGAUCUAGGUGAAGUCGCUCAUUCUAAAUUGUUGGCCUUUGGUGAUGAUUUAGGUGAAGUCGCUAAUUCUACAAGAGGCGUGAGAGAGGUGUUUUGACAAAUCCAGGAAGAAACAGGUAGUCUGGGCCUUCGAAUAAAUGAAGGGAAGACGAAAUACAUUCUAAUAACCAAAAAUCCAAGACCAAGAGUUAGGCAGAACAUAACUAUUGAUGACCACAACUUCGAAGUAGUAAAAGAGUUUAAAUAUCUAGGGGCGUUCAUCUCGGAUGUCAACCACAUAUAAAAAGAGGUAUCAGCAUGGAUAGCUGCGUGGAACAAAGCACUAUACGUGGAAUAGUUUUUGAAAGGAAAAUUCUCAGAAUGAUAUUUGGCCGUUAAAGAGAUGAAUUGACUGGGAAGUGGAGAAGACGCCGCAACGCUGAGUUGGUGACUGUAUGGUACUGAAAACAUCGUCAGAGAUGGUACAUAAAAGCUAAGAUAAGAUGGACAGUGGUGGUAAGAGCACAGGAAGACAGAGUGUUAAAAACACUGUUUUUAACGGUAGAAGAUCAGUAGGCCCUCCCAGAAAAGGAUGGAAGGAUGAUGAAGAAUCGAAGUAUCCUGAAUUAGUAAAGGCUGCUUGUAGUAUUAUUUGAAUAUUUGAAACAACGAUGUGAACCAUUCUAUUUCACUUUAGAGUUUGUAAAUCCAAUCAGUGAGGGAAAAAUUGAAUACCUUUUUACACUUUUUAAAUAAUUGCUAAAGCGGCUCGCGAAAAAUUUCUAAUUUUAAAAAUUCCUCGGAUUAUCAAAGAGCUUGGCCACCCCUGACUUAUAGUUUACAGUCCAUCAACCUAAGGAGUCGAAGCAAAAACGCAGGCUGAAAGUAACUUUGAGGAUUACUAAAAUAUUCUCACACAAUUUUUUAUGGUCAGAAAGUCUUAAACUCAGGCAUUUUCCUUUCACGGACGGCAGUUGCAGUUGUCGCCGUAACAGGCGUCACUACUUUGCUUUAUUAAUUUGUAUGAGACUGAUUCCGACAUCUAACUUCAAUUACUGUCCGGGAGAACGUCAGUUGCUAGUAAUUAUACAAAUUAAUAGUGCAAAAUAAAUACGUAUGUCAUGGUAACAACUGUAACUGCCGUCGAUGUCGGAAUCGUACCUAAAGCGUCAAUUUGAUAAUGAUCAAAAAUAUUAUGAACUGUGUUAUACAGUUGAGUCAGGGGUUCUUUAUCCGUGCGUCAUUAAUAUCUGACGAGAUAAAACACAUACUUUUUGUCUAGCAUCAUUGUCUUCCACGCAUGAAACUAAAGACAAACCAGAUACCGCCUGUUAUUAAGUAAAGACACAUGUUAUUUUUAUAAACGCUCUAGACUAGUACAUCGAAGAGAGAUAGGUAUAAAAAAGACGCUUGGGGACGUUUUCAGAUUUUAAGUACAAUUUGUGACGUUUCUUGUUUUACUUGUCACUGUCAGUUUGUUGGAUUUUUUGCUAUUUUUUGUCCUGUUUUUGCAUUUAGGAGUUAUUUAUAUUAAAUAAAAAGUUAUUUUCACAACCAAUUAAUUGUAUACUUUUUUUGUGUGAAUUUGAUGUCCUUGGCCGAGCCAAUUAACCAGGCAUUUUGUUAUUUUAAAAACAAACAUUUUUUUUUCAAUCAGAGGAAUUAUUUCUGUAUUUCUGACUCUUAAAUACAUAACAAACUAACAUACUACAAUUAUAUACUAGAGUUUGAAAUUUUAUGGUAAGUGUAUUUUAUUUUACCAUUAAUUUACAUGCAAGGUUAACCUCAUUCACAUUUAAGGAAUGGUUUUGUUUAAGUUUCCGUAAAAGGGAAAUAAAUAUCAGAAAGAAAAUAUUUUAUUUUCAAAUAUUUAUUUUGUAACAAAUAUUUAAUAAUAUCACUAAUGGUAUUAAAAUAAUUUAUUAAGCUACUUCAAAUGUAGCUUGUAAUUUCGUAUGCUUUAAAUGAUGACGCACGGGUAAAGAAUCAGAGAGUCAACCUGUAUUUGAGGCUAUCAGAGCAACAGUGGCCUAAGCCCAAAAACGUAGUUUUGAGAUAAAUCAAAACGUGUCUUUGCAUUUGUAUUUCCAUUAUCUUUAUAUAAUGGCGCUACGUAUUAUGUAGCGUCAUUUAGUCAAAUAUAUAGGUAGGUUCUUCAGCCUGUUUGCAUCCACUCCUGGACAAAGUUCUCCCCAUGAGUUCUCCAUUCUUCUCUGUUUUGUGCUAUUUGAUUCCAGUUUCUCCCCAUUUUUGCUUUGAUGUCGUCUACCCAUCGUUUUUGUGGUCUUCCUCUACUACGACUAUGCUUGCGUGGUCUCCAAUGUAAAUGUAUCUCGUCCACCUUUCGAUGUUUUGCCGUGCCGCGUGUCCUACCCAGUUCCAUUUCAUUAGCGCAAUUCUUACAAUUGCAUCUUCCACCUUCGUUAAAACCUUCUGUUUAAUCGAGUUAAUUAUUAAUUAAGCCUUGAAAAUGACCAUUUUUGCAUUUUUCAAUUUUUAAAUCACCUAUAACUCGACAACAAUCAAUUUUAGAAAAAAAGGACAAGAGACCUUUUUUGCUCAGAAUUACCUAAAUUACCUAAAAAAAAUUUGUCCGAAAUGAAAUUUUUUUUGUGAAUUUGUUUAAAAAAAAUUGUUUAAACAAUUUUUGACCACGGCACCGCCUGGCACCCUGUGGAUUUGUUAUAAGGACCUCUUUUUGAGUAAGUUUGUACCAAAAAAAAAUCGAAUCGGGAUAAUUUUGCUAACGGGGGCGACGGUAUAGUCCCGUCUAUAACGCUAUUCAUAAUUUUUAUGAUCAUUUUCGAUUGAAGCCUUUCACAGCGUCUCAGAGAAACCGGUUUAAGUUUUUCUGAUCUUAAAAAAUUGUCCGUCACGAUAUUCGACAAUAAUUAAUACAUUAAGUUACAGGUUUUUGUUUUUUCUUUGACUCCUUAAAUUCAUUGAAUGCAGAGUAUUAGUUAUUUAAACAAAAAAUAAAAUAUUAAUUUAGUAAACUACAAGUGGACUUUAAUUGAAUCUUAUGGACACUAAAAAUACAUUGUUCUUUUUACAUACUAUAUACCAUUUUUUUUGUGACAACUUAAGUUUAUCAGACAUUUAUUUGCGAAUAAACUGUAAAAUUAUAAAAUAAACUAUUUUUUUGGUAGCAGGUUUUAUUAGUAUGUACAGCUUCCGGAGCUAACCAUGGCCGAUGAAAAAUGCUGACGUCGAUUAUACACCCACCUAAACUUUAAGCAGACAGGAUUUCUCUCACCGGCCAUGGUUCAGUCCGGGAGCUGUAAUAUCAAUUGAGUAUCAGGAGCCAGGAUUUUAGCUAUUGAAUAUUCAUAAAUAAGUUUGAUUUAUUGUGGAGAGUAGUGACAUAACGCCUUAUUUAAUCUCAAUUAACUAGUUUUGAUGGGAAAUAAGCUACAAUUUUACUAAAAUAAUGAUUUUAUUAACGUUUCGACGCCCAAAUCGGGUGUCGUUGUCAAAAUACAAAAAAUAAUGAAUUAAACAAAAAUGUUGUUGCUUAGUAAAAAAAAUUAUAAUAAUUUAUUUAAUCUGACUCAUUUAUAUCGGCAAUUCAAACAUAUAUUAUGCAUUUUAAAGUAGAGGACUUUAAAAUGAUAUUGCCGAUAUUUAUGAGUUGCGUUCCUGGGACGACUUUAUUGAAAGAUAGUUCAUUCGAUUACAUGAAAUCAACCCCAAUUUGGGCGUCGAAACGUUAAUAAAAUCAUUUUUUAGUAAAAUUGUGGCUUAUUUCCCAUCAAAACUAGUUAAUUGCAAAAAUGCCACAAGAAAAUAGCUUCAGAACAACAUUAUUUAAUCUCAUCGCAGAUUUCACAGUUAUUUAAGUUUUCUGCGCUUAAUUUUUAUACGUUAUGUGACAUAUAAUUCACAAUCAUGAAGGCACUAAAUUACUGUAGUAUUGACCGUAUUCAUUCCCAAAGUAUUGAACACGUUGAGCACGGAUGUAACAUAACAAAUAAAUGGUCUCUGAGAUAUUUUAAACUGGUUUUUUAACUGUACAUUUAAAUAUUUUGCAUUGCGAAUAUUAUUCAUUCAAAUAUUACACCGAUUCGCUAUUUUUUUUUUGCACUUUUAUUUGAGACAUAACUUGCGUGCCUCGGUGGCCUGAGGAACGUAUCUUGAUUACCAGGCCGGUGAGAUUUCAAUAUCACUUUCUCAAAGUCUUGACACAUACAGUAACCGGCACCCUACUAGGCACAUAGGAACAUUGAGGUAUUACAGUCCCGGACCCUUCACUUGUUGCAGUAUUUAUUUUUAUGUCUACUAACGUUUAGAACGUCAGAAAAUGUAUAGAAACUGAAUAUUAACAGAGAAAGUUAACAAUAGAUGAACUGUAUUUGACACUUAUAGUUGUGAUUUUGUUAAAGUUGUAAAAGUUUUAAAGUGUAAUAUUCUUGGUGUUUGAAUAAAGUUAUUUUAAAGCAGAGUAACAA